AUGGUUGAGAAAACAGAACAAAAAAAAAAUCUGGCCCAGGAGGUGUCCCUUCUCGGUGGGUUCAUUGCCGGCAGUAUUGCGGCAUGUGGAGCCGUCACGUUCACUAACCCGAUCGAGCUUAUCAAGACAAGAAUGCAGCUUCAGGGCGAGCUCUCGUUGAAAAGUGAUGCACCCAGAUUGUACAAAAAUCCGUUGCAAGCAUCACUUGUCAUCUAUAAAAACGAGGGCUUGCGCGGCUUGCAACAGGGGUUGAUAUGUGGAUACGUAUAUCAGAUAGCACUCAAUGGAUGCAGACUCGGGCUUUACGAACCAACCAGAUACUACAUGACCAAAGUGUUGCUUCCGGACCAGUUCUCAGAAGACGCAUCUCGUAUUCCACAGAAUCUUUUCGUGAAUGUGAUGUCUGGUAUUGUCUCCGGGUGGGCGGGUGCUGUCAUCUCGAAUCCGUUUUUCCUCAUCAAGACAAGAAUGCAGUCUUUCAACAAGGCCGGGGCUUCUGGCAGCGUGGGUCAGCAAACGUACUACCGGGGCCUUUUUGAUGGCUUAAAAACCAUCUACGCAAACGAAGGAAUCAAAGGGUGGUUCCGUGGUACAGACGCUGCGCUUUUGAGAACUGGAGCGGGCUCUGCGGCUCAAUUGCCUGUCUACAACUUCACCAAAAACUACAUCUUGAAGCACGACUUGAUGACUGAUGGCUCAGUUGGCUUGCAUCUCGUUUCUUCUUCAAUGACAGGUCUCGGUGUCGCUAUUGUGAUGAACCCAUGGGAUGUGGUGUUGACCAGAGUGUACAAUCAGAAGGGAAACUUGUAUACUGGCCCUAUCGACUGUUUUAUCAAGACAAUAAAGACAGAGGGGCCCACUGCACUAUACAAAGGCUUCUGGGCUCAGCUCUUUAGAAUCGGCCCUCACUCUAUUUUGAUGUUGCUGUUCAUGGAGCAAUCAAUGAAGUUGCUCCACACGGUCGAAAAGAGGUUCACAUAG